GGCGCCUCCACUGCAUACAACACAGACGACCAUACUUUCAAACACCCGGUGCUCUUAUAGGCUCUACUUAAAUUGCUAUACAUUGAACCACGCCGUCCCACUUGCCAUUUGAUUAGCGACCACGCCGUGCAUCGUCCUUUGAAAAUCGGUCCGACCCCACCUCAACAGGCUCGCGUCUGUCUACAGAAUAUAGAGCGAGACAGGACCUCAACUCGAAGUUACCUGUUACCCGGUUGAACGCGCACGAUGCGCUUGAUCAAAAACAAGGUCGAGCUCAAUGGCUCGGGAACCGUCACCCUGUGUCCUGAGGAGCCCGAAGACAUGUGGCACGCAUACAACCUCAUCCGACCCGGCGACCUCCUCCGCGCCAGCGCCAUCCGCCGCGUCACCACGACGCAAGACACCGGCUCGACGAGCUCAGCGCGCGUGCACCUGACGCUCGUGAUCCGCGUGAAGAGCUUGGACUUUGACCCGCAGAGCUCGCAGCUUCACGUCGGCGGACAGAUCAUCAACGAGACGCCGCACACGAAGGUCGGGCAGCAUCACACGCUCGAUCUGGAGCUGAAUCGCAAUUUCACACUCGAGAAGGAGAUCGGGGCCGCUGGGGAGGGUGUCGGGUGGGAUAGUAUCGCGAUUCAGAUGCUGAAGGAUGCGGUGGAUGAGGGUGGUAAGAGGAGGGCGGAGGCUAUCGCUGUGGUUAUGCAAGAGGGUGUCGCUCAUAUCUGUUUUAUCGGGCAGUUCCAGACUGUCCUCAAGCAGAAGGUGGAGAUGUCGGUGCCGCGAAAGCGACAAGGCAGUAGUGACCAUGAUAAGGGGUUGACCAAGUUCUACCAAACCACACUGGACACACUUCUCCGGCAAAUGGAGUUCAACACGAGCGCGACGUCUCAGACGAGCAACGAGCCCGUGCGGCCGAUCCUGCUCGCAUCCCCCGGGUUCGUCGCAGCCGGGUUCCAGAAACACAUCCAGUCAGCCGCAGCGACGACGACACCGGCGCUGAGACGCCUCGUCCCCAGCCUAGUGGUGGUACACUCAGCGUCAGGAUAUCUGCACUCCCUGACCGAAGUGCUGCAGUCACCGGCGGUGAAGAGCAUCCUGGCGGACACCAAGUACGCGCGCGAGACAAAGCUGAUGGACGAGUUCCAGGAGCAGCUGCGCAAGGAGACGAAUCGGGCGACGUACGGGCCGCGGGAGGUAGAGUCGGCUGUGGAUCAGGGCGCCGUGGGUCGCGGGGGCGGCGUGCUGAUCGUCUCCAACCGUCUGUUCCGGUCUCAGGACGUGGCGGAGCGCAAACGGUGGGUGUCGUUGGUGGAUCGCGUGCGCGACGUCGAGGGCGGCGAGGUCCGAGUGUUGAGUUCGGAUCACGAGAGCGGUCGUCGAUUGGACAGCUUGGGAGGCGUCGCGGCCUUGUGUACGUUCCCCGUUAUGGACGAGGAUCUUGACUCGGAGGAGGACAGUUGAAUCUGCAUUGGAAUUACAUCAUACCCAGUAACGUUGGCUGCAAAAUUGAAAGGAUGACGAAGAUCAUGAGUCAAAAUGCCUCGAUCUAUCAGGAACACCCAAUGGUCACUUGACAUUCAAGCCUGUAUGCGCUCACUUUGGAUACGCCUUGUCUGGAGUGUCUCACUCGAGCAUAUGCAAUUAUACCUUUGUUUAGGCUGAUAUCAUUCCUGCACAUACAUCAAUGAAUAGAUGGGUAGGAAGGGAGACGAAACAAGCCCAACCAGGAGAAAGCAAAACAAAGACACGACAUGAACGUUGACAGAUGAUCAAUCAAAUCGGGACGACACUUGGUGUACUAGCCCGUUAAGUCAAUAGCCUAGAAAUAGAACACCACGUCCCCAUCCGCACCUGUCCAAUUCCCCCUCAAACAAAGAAAAAAGAAGGAAGAAAGAAAGAGUCCAUAAAAAGGCCACCAUCAGAACAUGCUUUAACUUUCCCCCAAACGGUUCACCAUCUCGAAACAACGUACGUACCCG